AUGCAAACAAGGUCAAGCAAGGCUCGCAAGUAUCUAGAUUCCGUCAAACCUGCAUUCAUUGACAAUGGUGUGCCUGUUUUUAAGCCCACCAUUGAACAAUUCCUGGAUUUCUACGCUUUUAAUAAAGCAAUUAAUGAGUACGGGUUGCAGUCUGGUAUCGUACGAGUCAUUCCCCCUGCAGAGUGGUUAGAUAGUGUUGCAAAAUGCUACACCGUAGACAAUUUGUCCCGAGUAUGCAUCAAAAACCCUAUUGUUCAAACAAUCAACCAUGAUGGACACGGGGUUUUCCAACUGCAGAAUGUCGAGCGAGCUAGAAAGUACAACCUUGAACAGUGGAGGGAAUUAUCGAGGAGCUAUGAGCCACCGAGGAAGAAAAGAAGACAAUCUGUCGAGCAAGAAAAAGAGAGUUUGAAAGACUCGAAAGAAGGCAAAGAAAGUAAAGCAGAUUUGAAAAAGUAUUUCAUUGAUACAUCUAUUUACACAGAUGAGCGUUGUCAGGAACUAGAGCGAGCCUACUGGAAGGGUCUCACAUAUGCUGAACCCAUAUAUGGAGCAGACACUUUGGGGUCACUAUUUGUUGAUGAUAUAAAGUCAUGGAAUGUGGCAAAGCUCCCAAAUAUAUUGGAUCUAAUGGAAGAGGAAAUCCCUGGUGUCAACAAUGCUUACUUAUAUGCUGGCACUUGGAAAGCGACAUUUGCCUGGCAUUUGGAGGAUCAGGACUUGUACCUGAUCAACUAUUUACAUUUUGGCGCACCAAAGCAGUGGUACCUGAUACCUCAAGCACAACAUGAAAAGUUUUUCAAUGUGAUGAAGGAUUUGUUUGGCGACGAGUACAAAAACUGUUCUCAGUUCCUUCGCCACAAAACUUUUUUGGCUCUGCCGCAGUUCUUGGAGAAAAAGGGUAUAACAGUCAAUAAAACAAUCCACCGUGAAGGUGAAUUCAUUAUAACGUAUCCAUAUGGCUACCAUGCUGGUUUCAACUAUGACUAUAAUCUUGCUGAGUCUGUAAAUUUUGCGCUUGAGCUGUGGUUUGAGUAUGCAAAAUCCACAGAGAGCUGUCAAUGCAUCUCGGAUGCUGUCAAUCUUAAUGUCGAACGACUAUGGAAAAGGUAUAAAGAAGUCGGCGAUCUGAAGUUUAUGAAUGCGUAG